CUAACAGCGAUAGUACUGUUUAACCCGGAUCAACCCAAUCUUGAACAUAAAAACUUUGUUAAGCUACAGCAAGAUAUAUAUAUGUAUUUACUUCAGCGCUAUUUAGCCGUCAGAUAUCAAUCGCAAACAGAAUCCACUUUGAAAUUCGUGAAACUUGACCCUGAUCAUGUGCCACCACUCAUGAAGGAUAUCUUAGAUAUAAAUGAGAAAAGGUCGGGCAAUACAUGUGAUGGAUGUGCCGGCGCUACGGUUACGUCCAAUAAUAUCGUUGUUUUUUAA